AUUCUGGCGCGACCGAUAUUUAUUUACAAUUUUAUAGCAACAAAGGAAAACUAAAAAAUAACAUCCUCUGGGUGCCUUCUGAAGUCUUAAACUUAAAAAAAAAAGGUCUUCCUUCAUACAGUAGUUUCUUCUCAAUUUGUUUGAUUUUACCGACAAUUAAUAAUGGAGACGGAAUUUACAGAACUGAGUGGUGCUGAAGAUCUUCUGGAAUCAUUUCCUCUUCACCGUGCUUGUCGAGAUGGGGAUCUAUGCACAUUGGCGGGCCUGCUAGGUGAGGCUGUGGUGUCCGUGUGCGAUGCUUCUGCACAAGACCCACUCUUCGGUUGGACACCGGCUCAUUGGGCAGCUCACAAUGGAAAGGUUGAGUGUUUAGAGAUGUUGGUGAAAGCUGGUCUACCAUGUGAUAUUGCUACCCAUGGAACUGGUCUUACUCUAGCUCAUGUUGCUGCCUUAGAAGGACAAACAGCAUGCCUGGCCUGGCUCUCUAAGAAUGGUAUCUCGAUUAAUGCACAGGAUCACAUGGGAGAGACAGCAGCUCACAAGGCUGUACGAUGCGGCAGUGUGGAAUGUCUUCAUAUCCUCAACCAACAUGGUGCUGACUUAAGUCUUCAAAGUAGUAUAGGAAGCACAGUGAUUGACCUAGCUGUUCAGAAUCACCAACGUCAGUGUAUAGAGUACUUCAAAGCUGGUGGUGAUAGUCACCUGACCAAUCACAUGACCUGUAUGAAUGGACGACGUAAGAGGAUGCAAACUGGUGAGGAAGCUCUGUUAGACAUGGAUUCAGCUAAGAGAUUAAAGGUGGAAAGUGAGCAUGCAUCACGGUCAUCCCUUGUGUGUAGCCCUUUAGCAAGCCUUGGUACGGGAACAUGCAAUACCAUUGCAGGACAUGAAAGACAAAACAAUAUGAAUGGUAUCACCUCUUGUUAUGAUACCAUGAAUGGAUCUAGAAAGGACUAUGAUAAUGUGAUGCCCAGCUGCCAACCUGUGUCUUCUAGGAGGCCUUUACAAUCAAUGGAUGAUGAACACAGCUGUAUAGACAUGAUCACUGAGGAAUCCAGAGAAUGUAGCAAUGGGUACAGUGCCAAUCAAGCCUCAGGAAAGAAUGCCUAUAAUACACAUGCUUUCAAGUCUGAUGGAAGCUCUGUUCACACGAUGUCAAAUGGUGCGAUGGAGCACAAUGAAAUGGUAGAACAGAGUGUAGGGUAUGAUACCACGUUAGAGGCUAUGUAUAGCUAUGAUUCUCCACUGUGUGGACAUGCUUAUUGAGGAAUGUGAACACAAAUAUCAAUUAUCGGUACUCUAAAAUGGAGUAAAUAGGAAUAAUCUGAAAAGCAUUUUGACAUGAUUCUUUUCUGCAAUAAUAACACAGACCCUUUCUAUUUCUGUUAUUCGUCAUGACUAAAUUUAGAAUAGGGUCUUAGAAUAUGGAUGUACUGCAGAGGUUGUCAUUAUUUUAUCACACAAUUAUGUGGGGAAGCCCUUGUGUUGAAAUUUUGUCAAGAAAGCCAUUUUAAGCUCAGUGUUAAUAUCGGUAACAAUGUUGAUUUGUUGUAUAAUUUUUUACCCAAUAGAAGCUUUUGGUACUGAAUUGAGUAGAUUUGAUAACAAGUUUUAAGGAUAUACAUAUUUUAUUUCUUAGUAAUAUUUCAUUUUCAUACUGAAAAUCAGGGAUUUUGCAGCAGUUUUGUUGGGAAUAUAUAUAUGAGCUUUCAUGCAAGAGUAGAAGGAUAUUGGUAUAGAAAAUAUUGACUGUUGUUGAUUAAGGGACAAAGAUUUUCUUGAAGACAAAACUGCAGUCUUACACGACCCUUAAAAAUAUGGUUCUCCUAAAGUAGAGUUAAAACACUCCUUUCCUAUAAUAAAACUGUUUGGUGUAUCUCUGAUUGUUAAGCUCCACAGUGAUGUGUGCUGGAGUUUUGUUGUGUUAAUACCAGUGUUCCUUAUUACAUUGCUGUAUUAUAUUUGAUAUAAUACCUGUUUUUUAUUUUUUAUUUUUUUAUAUUUUGUUAUAUUUUUUGAUAAAUAUAAUACCUGUUUUGUAGUGUGUGCUGUACUGUGUUGAUUUAUUUAUAUAGGCCUGGAUUGUUUUGUAGUGUACAUGACAUUCAUGUGGUUUUAUUUUCCUUUAACUUAUUGACUAGUUAAAGCUGCUGAGGAUGUUAUACCACCUUGUAUUUCAUACGAACAUUUGUCCUGUUCAACUGUUUCUCAAUAAUAUGUAGUGUGUACAUACGAUAAUGUUAUUUUGCAUGGGCAGUAUUAUUGCUGAACUAAAGAAAGUUUACUUUCUGGUGCUUGCUGUGUUAUUUCUGUGUGUAUUGAGUUAAACUAGCUAGACUAGUCUUCAGAUUAUACUGUGUAAUUAAUUGAAAUGAAUUGUCAUCUCUAAUCAACGAUGCAUACAUUUGAUCAUUACCAAAGCCUGUACUGUGAUCACAUACUUGUACAUAUAAAUAAGUAUUUAAAAGUAAACCUUUUUUAUGCAAUCAUUUUUUUAAUUUUUUAAUUUUUACUUCAAGCAUUCUAUUCAGAUUUGCUAAUACCUGUAACUGAUUGUUUAAUUUGUCUUAUACUUAAACAUGACCGAUAUACAUUAUUUUUUUCAGUUGAGCAUAGUACCAAGACUAGCCCAUAGAGACUGGAAGAUGAAAAUGGAAGCAGUAGAUACUGUAGGAACAUUUGUAGGUCUAAUCAAAUUAAUUCUAUAUAAAGUAUGCAAUACUGAACUGUUUUGUCAUUUAAUCCUCUAUGGUUUUCAGCAAGACGACACGUAGUUUACCCUAAUGUAGCUUUGGUAUUCAUGAAUCAUUUUAAGAGUCCCACUUGCCCCGUAUAUGAGUGCCAUUAAUAAAUACAUUCCAUGCUGCAGUAUUUGCCUUUUAUCUGUAUAUCACUGGCACAUAUUCUUUGUAUAUACUUUAGUUUGAUUGGAUCUGAGCCCUGUUUCAUAACAUUUUGGAUCCAUAACAAGAUCCAAUAAUUCCUAUUUUCUCAUAAGCUAGUGAAACCCUUACAUUUGAUUGGCUACGAGUAGAUGUUUCAUAGAUCUGUGGCAGUUGUUGAUAACAUGUUCAUGAAGUAGUGCCCAGAUACCAGUUUAUUUCAUGAUAUUACAUUACUAUGCAUUUGAAAGGAUAUGAGGAGACAAGGGUCUCUAUAAUAUGUGCAGAUAUUUACACUUUUGUUUGUAAUUAUGGAUUUGUAUGAGCUAGUAUAUGACUGCUUAUUACGGUAUUACUUAUCAUGCAUAUUUUAUAUGAAGUAAUAAGGGCGUUAAACGAAAAGAUUACCAUUUGUUAUACCCUAAACUUUCACAUAUCACUGAGAUGGUAAAACCAAUACCUUGCAUAUGGUUUAGAAAGACAAUCAUUUACAGUUGCAAUGCAUACCAGCUUUCUACUUUCAUGAUCAAUUUUACUAACUGAUAAACUGAGACAAUCUAAAAUGCAAUAUCUCUAUUUAAUCUCAUUUGCCUUGCUAUGCAAUUUUUAAACAUUAUUAUGGCAACAUGAUCUUCAUUAUAUAUUUUUCAAUCAAUUUGACAUACCGAUCUAAUGAUGGAGUAUAUUAUUUGGCUAAAGGAUAAGGUUUUAUUAUGAAAUUUUGAAAAGUUAUUGUCUUCAAGUUUCUUGCCUCUCAAACUUACUCUUUGUCAAACAAUCAUUUUUAUAUUUAGUCUGUCAGCUUCUUUCAUAUGCUGUAAAAUGAUAUUAUGUUGAUUACACCCAGCUAAAACAGAUUCCAGGUAGAUGUACAAUUCAUAUCAUGGGGAAUAGCUAGUUUUAAUGUCAUACUGACACUGACAUUUGGACUUUUAAACAUCUUGAUUCAAGUUUCCAAGAUUUAAUGUCAUAAAUUAAAUGGUGGAGAUUGAACAUUUUGGCAAAAUAUUUGUAAAUUUCUGUCCUUUUUCAUCCUGAUAUUAUUAUUAUUAUUAUUAUUAUUAUUAUUAUUAUUAUUAUUAUUAUUAUUUAUAUUAAUCUCUGCAAUCUCAAUUUUAUAAUUCAUUUUUUUCAUGCAAUACUUAAAAAGAUUGCACAUUUCGAUUGUUCACACGUAACAACAGGUGCACUUUUGUUUACAAAGAGUUUGUAUUUUUGUUGUAAUGUAUUUGAUGGGCUAAUCACAUUAUUAAGAACAUUUUAAUUGUAUGUAUUAUGUGGUACACACUUGUUUUUAAAAUAUCCUAAGUUUCACCAACUUGUUUGGAUCUGAUUUGAUGUUUUAUGUCACACACCAAAGUUAGCCUUUUGUACACGUUACCUUUAAUGUAUAUGAAACAAAGUUAAAAACAUAUUUUUUGGUGAGAAAUGAAGAAAUAUACUGAAUUGUAUGAAUAUUCAUUAUGAAUUAAAUGCUGAACGGAUUGAUUUUGCACUGUUA